AAGCUGCUCACGAGACCUGGAAAGUUGUGGCUGCCAAACUCCAAUUUCUCAACUGAAGAAGCGGAGUGAAAGAGAGAGACAGAUGUGUACACAGAGAGCCAGCGAAAGAGCAUGCGUGCAGCUCCUCUCAGCAGGGACAGGGCCUGAACAAGCAUCUGGAAGGAGCAAGAAGUAAAUAUUUACAGCUCUUGAUUAUAAGGUCAAGAAUGAUAUUCCCAUCCCAGGAGGCUGCUUAGCCUCCUGGGGAGGGAAAGACUUGGUUUGCUCGGCACUGCCUAGUGUGGGAAGGAUGUGCUGAUUGGAGUAGAUGGAGCGGCUGGGAUUUCCCCAUUUGCUCUUUUCUUCUUCUUAAAGGAGAUCUGCAUUCCCACCCUUUUUGUAAUCUGCUGCUAGAUAACUGACAAGCUUAACAGAGACCCUCCACACCCUUAAGGAGGUUCACAGAAAAGCUCAACUUUGGAAACCUGAAGUCCUAUGAAUUACAGGUAAGCACAAUCUCAAUUUUUUCCCUAAUGUUUAGUCUGGCUCUUGAAAGUGGCUUUCAGUGUUCACCAGAAAGGGGGGAAACAUUUUAUGUGAUUCUGGUGUAAGAUCUGAAGUGGGGGGAAACCAUGCAUGAGAUGACCAAGUGUCUAGAUACAGAAACUGUUCUCACAAUUCACUGUGGGCAAGAUGCAGUUUGCUUUCCUGGUAGUCUUUAUACCCUUAACACAGCAGUGGGGAACCUGUGGCCUUCCACAUGAUACUGGACUACAAACCCUUGACCACUUUGUUCUGCUAGCUGGGACUGAUGGGAGUAGAAUCUGCAGCUGUUGCUGGAAUCCACAUGUUCCCCUACCCAGAAUGCCUUCUUGUACUUUGUUGUAGGAAACUACUGUUAGAUGUGUUGUUUCUCAAAGCAGCUUUAUUCCAACUGGAGUCCUAAUUCUUCUCUAGCCACCUCUCCAGCCAAGGUGUGAACACACAGAGGCGUUGAUACGAUGGACCGGGCGUAGGAAGGGGGCGGGGGGGCGGUCUACCCUGAGUGUCAACACUGAGGGGGGUGACAAAAUGCAGAGCAGCACUCACUGCGGGGCCUGCAGCGUGCCCGAGCCACACGUCUCUCCUGGGAGUGACACAGUGGCUUAGGCGCCCUCAAGCUCCAUGCUGCCCCAAACGGUCCGCCCGCCACCUCCCCCUUAGCUGUAGGGUGGCUGAGUGGGAGGAGGCAGGCAGACUCCUCGGAGGCCCCGCGAAGUGUCCUGCCCCAGGCGCUGGAUUGGCUUGCUCCACUGCUGCUGAUGGAGAUGUAUUUAAACAACCCUUGGGUGCACACAAACAGAAACAGCAAAGUUGUGUUGUGUUUUUAAACCUGUUAUAGCGUGUGGUUAACAGAAGAAAAAUAUUGGGGUUCACUCAAGGUCCCACAACAGCUCCCACAGCUUGCUGCCAUGUUUUAAUUUGUCUUAAUUUGCUAGGGUGACCAGAUAGCAGAGAAGACAGAACUUUUACUUUUGUCAUGGAAGAACAAAUUCUAGUAUGCAAAGGGUACCAAAAUUCUCUCUUCUUUGACAUUAUUAUGGCUAUACACAGUACAAUUAUUUAGAGAUUUCAACGGGAGGAGAGAGGGUCUAUUGUGCAAGCAAUGGGAACUAAACUGCUCUCUCCUUUUUGCUUUAAUAUACCCACCAACUUGUGAUGAAGAUAGCUUUGAUAGCUCCUCUGUUGCUGAGGCCCCUUUGGUAGGAGAAGUGUUAGCUGUUCUGCUCAGCCAGUACAAACAUCAAGUAGCCAGUAAGAAAAAGCUUCUUGGAUCAUGGGAAAGCUCCCACUGCCCCAGUAAAUAAGCUCAGGAGAAGCCAGUUCAAUGAUACUGUUAGCAGGAAAUGCUUCCAAAUUGUGUGGAAAGAACAAAACUGCAGUCAGUAAGACUCACUGCAGACAGUCACAUACAUAGACAAUUCACUGGGUGUAAGUGUGUCAGUAGUUACCCAUUCCAGCAUGUUCAGUUUCCUGAUGCUGCAGUUAACACUUUUUAGAUAGCAUUGCACACCUUUUAUGCUUUGGACAGUACCUUCUGAAGACCCUACAGAUGUUGUUGCUCCAUCGUCCUUGACGAUGUGGUUGUGGUGCCUGGGAUUGAUGGACUCAACAUCAAGGGGGGUCCCCUAUACCUGGGCUGCAGGCUGCAGUUUUAGGCCAGGUCAGGAGCAUUCUUCUCCAGAAGAAGGCCUCCACUAGUGCAUAAGUGCCUAGCUUGUAGCAAUGGUGUAGCUUGGGUUUCCAGCGCCCGGGGCCAUGCCCAGCAUUCAACUGCCUAACAGUGUCUCUGUCACCUAGGAGAUUGGAGCCGCAGAGAUAAGAAAAGAGUCUUUCCGUUGUUUGGAGAGGUCACUUUCAGGUUUUUGUGGAGAAGCUGUUUUCAAUUGAGCCCAGUGAUGGAAGCUCGCAGCUGUACCGGGUGUUGACAUUUUGCACCCCUAACAAUUUUGCACCUGGGGCAACUGCCUCUGUGCCCCACCCACUACACCACUGAUUUAUAGUGUCUCAUGUAGGAGGAAGGUGUGAACCUAGUGGCUGCCCUGCAGGAGCUGUCCAUGCAUUUUGAAGUAGCCCCCACACCCUCAUCAAGGCUGUCACAUGUGCUGUCAUGCAGCAAGCUGCACCCCGCACUUGCUUCGCCAUCCUGCUGGAUCAUUGUAGUACCGUGAGAGGGCAAAGGGGUGGAUGGAGGAGAUCACACCUCGUGCAUUUAAUUCUUUAUUAAUAGUAGUACACAACUAAAACUGCCAUAAAGAGGAAGUUGGAUGUCAUAUUCUGAUGGGCUGGAGUGUGCAGCUCAGAGAAUUUAACACUUUAUUCUGGCACUGGGAUGAUGUCUGAUUUGCAAGGCAGGAUGAGGGCUGGGCGAGCAAGGAAGACAGAGAGCCAGGACUUUGGGAGUUCCCGGCUCUGGAAAGAAUGUGAGUUGAAAUGGGUUGAUUUGAAAGAAGGUACUGGACUCUUUGAGUUCUGUCUGAAGCAGCCAGACGCAAUAAGCAGCCAGGUAAAGCCAAUAAUAUAUUUGAUUGGACUGGGAGAAUGCACAGUUCCAAGUUACACAGAAGCCAAGCAAUCCAGAAAAGUUUCCAGUUCUCAUCUAUAUUUAGAACAAAGUUACUUAUUAAUGGAUGUAUUUUUAUUUCUUUCCCUUCAGCUCAGUUCUGUGUCUGAGAGCAAGAGAGCAAAUGUGUAUUUUAGGAUUCCUGGAUUCUGUUCAUAGAAUCAUAGAAUCAUAGAGUUGGAAGAGACCACAAGGGCCAUCGAGUCCAACCCCCUGCCAAGCAGGAAACACCAUCAGAGCACUCCUGACAUAUGGUUGUCAAGCCUCUGCUUAAAGACCUCCAAAGAAGGAGACUCCACCACACUCCUUGGCAGCAAAUUCCACUGUCGAACAGCUCUUACUGUCAGGAAGUUCUUCCUAAUGUUUAGGUGGAAUCUUCUUUCUUGUAGUUUGGAUCCAUUGCUCCGUGUCCGCUUCUCUGGAGCAGCAGAAAACAACCUUUCUCCCUCCUCUAUGUGACAUCCUUUUAUAUAUUUGAACAUGGCUAUCAUAUCACCCCUUAACCUCCUCUUCUCCAGGCUAAACAAGCCCAGCUCCCUUAGCCGUUCCUCAUAAGGCAUCGUUUCCAGGCCUUUGACCAUUUUGGUUGCCCUCCUCUGGACACGUUCCAGUUUGUCAGUGUCCUUCUUGAACUGUGGUGCCCAGAACUGGACACAGUACUCCAGGUGAGGUCUGACCAGAGCAGAAUACAGUGGCACUAUUACUUCCCUUGAUCUAGAUGCUAUACUCCUAUUGAUGCGGCCCAGAAUUGCAUUGGCUUUUUUAGCUGCCGCGUCAUACUGUUGGCUCAUGUCAAGGUGGUCAACCAAGACUCCUAGAUCCUUUUCACAUGUACUGCUCUCAAGCCAGGUGUCCCCCAUCUUGUAUUUGUGCCUCUCAUUUUUUUUGCCCAAGUGCAAUACUUUACAUUUCUCCCUGUUAAAAUUCAUCUUGUUUGUUUUGGCCCAGUUCUCUAAUCUGUCAAGGUCAUUUUGAAGUGUGAUCCUGUCCUCUGGGGUGUUAGCCACCCCUCCCAGUUUGGUAAGCACAAUCUCAAUAAGGCUUGAAUUUUUUUUGGAGUGUGGGGAGGCAGGGAGAGGAGUGAUACUUGUGAAUAAUGAAGACAGUAUCCCAACUAUGUUAUACAUCCCUGAGUCAGGCCAUACUGAUGUCUAAGGUGAAAUCUCUGUUUAGAAAUGGGAAUAUAGUAGAUCUGAAAGAUCCUUCAUGCCACAAAUGGAACACAGGAGCCAACUCCAAAGGCCAAGAUCACGUUAUGGGGAUAAAAUAUUUAAGGGGACUGAAAUGGGAGAUAUUUAAAUGAGUAAUCCAAAAUUCAGAGAGCCUGCUGUCCUGGAUUAUGUCUACAGUUUCCACCCAGAAAGUUUAAUGUUACAGUUGCAUCAAAGGGAGAAUUGUGCUUUGCAUUACAUAUUUUCCUACUUUGCAUAUUUUCAUUAAAAACAAUCAAGAAGCAGAUUCACUUCACAUGGGAAAGCACAAUGUGCAUGUUCAGUAGCACUAUAACAGGCUUCCUCAACCUCGGCCCUCCAGAUGUUUUUGGCCUACAACUCCCAUGAUCCCUAGCCAGCAGGACCAGUGGUCAUGGAUAAUGGGAACUGUAGUCUCAAAACAUCUGGAGGGCCAAGGUUGAGGAAGCCUGCACUAUAAUAUGACUUUAAAAAUAUUUAUUUUAAAAAAUCUAGAUGCUCAGGAGCACUCUGGUCAGGGUCCAGAGAACUAUUUGUGGAGCAGAGAAGGUGACUUGGGAGGUUCUGCUUAACAAAUCAGAAAAGCCUUGGAGCAGUAAUCCCUUGAUUUCUAUCACAUGCUAGGCAAUUCUAUUAAUAUGUAAAUCAUGAUCAUGAAACACAUGCUUUAUGGAAUUGUUUUUAUUUCUGCAUUUACAAUUUUAAAAUUGUAAAUGGGCUGGAGGAGAUGCUCUUUUCUUCUUUUGAAGUCACUGUUGGAAUUCAGAUUGCUGAGAACAGGGGUAGGCAACCUAAGGCCCUGGGGCCAGAUGCGGCCCAAUCGCCUUCUCAAUCCGGCCUGCGGAUGGUCCAGGAAUCAGCGUGUUUUGACAUGAGUAGAAUGUGUGCUUUUAUUUAAAAUGCAUCUCUGGGUUAUUUGUCAGGCAUAGGAGUUCAUUCAUUUCCCCCCCCCCCAAAAAAAUAUAGUCCGGCCCACCAAACGGCUGAAAAAGGUUGCUGACCCCUGGCUGAGAAUAUCAGCUUUCAAGUUUCUUGUGACUAAGUUUGAAAACCUGAAAGCAGCAACUAUAAAAGGUCAUACUUUAGGGUUCUCUUUCUUCUUAGAGUCUAACUAUUUUGGGCCCCUUCAGACCAGACGAGGGUAGGUGAGGCAGUUGCCUCAGGGUGUCAGACUCUGGGUAGCUGGAUCCACCUCCUGCACUUGUCGGCCACCUCCUCCUCCUCCUCCUCCUCGGUUGUGUGACCACCGUGCAUCACACUCCCACUAGCCAGUGUGUGCAUUUUUGUACACAUUACAUGGCUGGAGAACUGCAUUAUACAAUCAAGAAAAAUUGGAAUUUUGAAGGAUGGCUGUGUUUGUGUUCUCAUGUUGUUUCAGAAUGCACAAAUUUAAAAGGUUCCACCUUAAAUGUGACCAAAAUGGAAUUUUCCCACCAUUCCUAUGUUGAAGUAACUUCGAGACUUCCAUUUGUGCUACAGUUUCUAAGCAAGGGUUUGGGACUUUCCAGCAUGGGAACAAGAAGCUUCCCCUUUGUCCUCUGUUUUCUCCAGGAAAACCUGUUCUUUACAGCUGGAUCGGAACAAACAGUGUUUCCCAGGGAAAGUGGCAGGACAAAGGGAAACUACUUGGACCCCUGCCUGAAAGUCCCAAACCGGUGCCUAGAAAUUGCAGCACAAACAGAAGUCUGAAAUAGCCCUUAUGUGUAGACGCGGCCUCUUUCAGGCAACUUGGCUGGGGAUUGCCUUCUUGCCUUUGAUCACAUUUCUAUGCCAGCCAGAUACUCUUCUGGCAUAGAAAGGUGGUGGCAUAUAGAAAUGUGGUCAAAGGCAAGAUGGCAAGUAAUCCCCCUCAGUCAAGUUGCCUGAAGGAGGCCACGUCUAGAGAAUGGAAUUUCCCCUCUGCAGAGAACCAUCCAUUGGUACCAUUUGUAUUUUACUAUUUGAAUCUCCCUUUCUUCUCUUGACGUCUGACAUGAGAACAGGGUCAGGGGUGAUGAGGAGGUUAAAGAGCAGUGAUAAGCCCCAUAUGGCGCUGCCCAGGGAGCCUGGGAAUGGACCCUGUGUUUACACAGGAAAGAGGCGCCAUCUGUAACCAGGCAGGCAGGCGCUUGUUCUCUUCAACAUCCCUCCCCUCAAGCCUCAGGGAGACACUGCUCUAACUAAAUCUGUGCUCUUGAUUCCUCCCUAGACCCUGCCUGGAGUUGGUUAGAGUGAAGCCCCACUCUGUGUUUGUCCUUGCUUGUUCACAGAGCAUUUCACAGCACUGGCAGGCAGCAAACCAUUUUAGCAAAGUGUAGCAUCAUCACACAUGAGGUUUAUGUCAGCUUUGCUGUCAGCUACAAACACAAAUGUUGACGGAGCCAUGUAGCAUGUGUUUGAUUUUCCUUCUGAAUUCUCUUACAGAUUAAUAGCACCCAUGCAUGGGAAUUGUGCAAAAGCACAAGGAAAUGCAUCUUUUAAUCAUUGGUAUUUGUAAAAACAUGAACCUUCACAUGCAGUAUUUUUAUUGUCUCUGUGGAAUGCUCAGCUACUCAGUUUCAGAGACAGAUAUAUCUGUCUAAGAGCUGUGGGCCUGGUUUAAGAGCCUUGAAUGCAUUCAAUGCAAUGGAUGAAAAACUGGUUCUGUCAGGUUAUCAGCAUGCUUAAUUCUGAACCAGGAGAAAGCCAGCCAUAGAAGACACUUACUGACUCCCCAAAAGAUCUCCCAACAUACUUUUUGUGGAGUUUUUUUUAAUUAAGGAGUGUGUGCAUGCAUGUGUGAGCAUGCGCACACACACAUAUACACACAUCAAAAUGUAUAUGUGCCCCUUUAAUAUUUAUUUACCGGUAAAUAGGUUGAUGAGCUUUCUGAAACACAUGGGGAGGUGCAACAUGAGGAGGUGUAACAAUCUUGGCCUUCACCUUUGGUUGUUGUGGAGAAUCCAGACUUCCUUUCCUGUGAAUCUAGUGCAUUCCAAGCAUGGGCAUAGCCGGGGGGGGGGGGGCAGCUGCCUCCCUAAGAUCAAGUAAAACAAUAGAAAUACUUAACUAACUGACCGUGUUGGUUCUGCCCCUGCCCCAAACCAAAGUCCUGCCCUCCCUCACAAAAGUCCUGGCUACGCCCAUGAUUCUAAGGGGGACAGUUGUGAAGGAAGACACAAGCUACUCCCUGUUUCUCUUCCAGAACUGAACAACUGUCCUCUGAAUAAUUUAUUUCACCUAAUUGGCUAGAUUUCUUGAAUGUUCCAUGAUGAAUGUGACUUGACCCGUAGGCAUUCAGGCUUGAUGGAGAAUUCUGUCCUAUGGAGUAUAGACUAGGCUAUGGAGUAAGGAGGAGGAGGGUCUGAGUGGAAGUGCUUUGGGUAUAUACAGGAUAUAGGGUGGACAGGAGAAAGAAGAGGCUGGAGGCUCGUGAACCUUUGGCUGUUGUAUAGAAGAUUUGCUGACAUUGCCUUCUAUACUACUUUUAAAUAAUCCUUUUCAGGAUUAUUUUCAGCCAGCUACCCUAACAAGGAAGAUGGUGAACUUGAACCAAAAGCAGUCUGGGUGAUGGAUGGAUUAUAAGAAAGAUGAGGAGCCUCUCAGAAUCAUGCCCUAUGGAGCAGAGAUGGGUUAGUUUGGUUCCUGAGGCAAGACUUGCCUGUUUCUGAGGAUGCAGGCUCUUCUCCAUUCUCUCAUUUUCCUGGAAGGUUGGGCACAAGUGUUUCCACUGAGCUGAAGGCAGUUUGAUGGAGGGAUCAUUGCUUGUGAUGCUUUGCAUGCCCAACUUUCAUCUCCAAUAAACAGAUUUUGCAGGUUUGACUAGUGGCUGCAACAUGCAUGGGGGGGAAAGGAGUGUGUGUGUUCCCUGUAUGAAGUAAAACUUGUUCCAAACCACUUUCAACUCUCUUUAAAAAGAACUUUCAUGUGCCUCCAACUGAACUGUCUUGUGCUACAUCCCAUCCCUACUGUGGAAUUCCAGAUCCAUUAAUGGGAACUGCAAGGCAGCAGCCAAGAAGGAGGAAGUAUAUAACUGCCUGUCUCAGUGGUGGUGACUUUAAUGGCCUUUCCUGAGCCAAACUGGAUCCAUUUCCCAGUGCAUAUUGGCAACAGCUGUUGGCAUUGAAGCACAAGGCCUUUAGAUCCAGUCCUGUAAAUUCAGAGCAACAACGCAGCACACCCCCCCCCCAUUAAAAUCUCUAUCUACUUUCUUUACUUUGUUUGUAGACAAAGGAGGGGAAAGGGAGGACCGGAAGGAAACCUGGUUCUUCAACAGCUGAAAGUUCUUCUCAAUCUCCCAUUUUGCUAUUUGGCUUGCCCCACUCUGAGGGGGAAUCAGGGGCAGAGCUACCUGCCAUGGCACCUGGAGCAGCAGAGAGGCGGGGUUAGCCAGCCCACAGAAGUGGGGCUACCCGCCCGCACAGCAAGAGUCCCUAGCCGCCCGCCACCCACGUGGUGAGCAUGGGGGGGAGGCGCUGCUAACCGCCCGCGUGGUGAGCUUCCCUAGGCAUCUGCCGCCCACACGGUGAGCAUGGGGGGGUGCUAGUCUCCCACCGCAGCAUCAUCCCUAGCAGCCCACUGCCCGCGUGAGCAUCUGGGGGCACCACCUGUGCGGCGAUGUCACCCGCGCUCAUGGCUGACACCCAGUGAGCACCGCACCCCCUGCACCCGCCAUCCUCCGCCAGUGGGGGGGAUAAGUCAGCUGAUGAAGCUUUUUCCAAGAAAGAAUGCUAUUAUGGAAAUAAAACAAAACUUGAAAAAGCUACUCACUCUAGACCAGCCUUUCUCAACCUUGAGAUCCCAUAUGUUGUUGGACUACCGCUCCCAUCAUCCCUGAUUGCUGCCCUUGUUGGCUGUAUGGCUGUACAUAAUGGGAACUGUAGUCCAGCACCAUCUGGGAACCCAAGGCUGAGAAAGGCUGAUCCAGACCCACAGUGACAAUAUUCACUUGCUUUGGGGAAGGAAAGUAGACUGAUUCUCUUCAUUUCAGUGGGAAUAUUCAUUUCAGUGUAUGAAGCUGUCAUCUACUGCAAUAAAUUCCCUUUUGAAACAAUGGAACCAUCCAAAAACAGGGUCCCUGUCCAAAAUAAUGGAAGCUGCAAGGACCAUUUGACAUGACUAGGCUCCAUUGAAAUAAACACAAAGAACAAAUAAGGCAAAGAAUGGUGUCUGAUAGGCAAUUGAGUUGGUGACACAGAUAGACCAAAUAGGGAUGAAUGAUGGGGAAUAGUAGUAAUGGGGUGUUCAUCUUUUAUGGAGUAUCAUCCAGCCAUUGCAUCCUGUAUUUUCCUUAUGCUGGUUCUGUCUUUUCUCAUGCAGAAAGGCUUUUUAUUUUUUAAUAGUGGGAGAAUAGUUUAAUCUCCAGUGACAUAGAUGCUUUUAGUAUUACUCUUCCAACAUUUUAAAUGGGCCCUGACAUAUUGGGAAAGUGGACCUAUCACAGCUUAGCAUACAUUAAUUGUAAUAUUUGUGGUGGGUUCCUGUGAACUACAAGUUUGCACCCUGCAAGAAGACACUUGCUGCACUCAGAAAGGCAAAGAGUGAUGCUCAGUGGAUUGCCAGACAAUGUGCCCAUGACUACUGACUAAAGCUGUGUCAGAGCACCCAACUCGCUGCUGACACCAGCAAAACAAAAUGUAUGAAGGCACGAAGAAAGCCUUUGGACCAACAGUUGGUAAAAUUGCACUGCUGAAAAACUUUUCAUCACAGACCUCAGCAAGAAGAUGAAGCAAUGUGCAGAGCACUAUCAAGAAUGGUACUUGCAGGGAAACAUGGUAACUGACACAGCAGUCCACAGUAUCCAGACUCUGUCUUGGAAGAAAUAGAGGUCUCUCCCCCCAAUGAGCUGAAAAAUGCCAUCGAUGCUCAGGCCCAGGACAGGAUGGAAUCCAAAGAGAAGUGCUGGAAGCCGGUUUCAAUUCCUCCUCAUGACACACCUCCACAGGCUCCUCCUGCAGCGUUGGGAACAAGAUUCCCUGCCACAAAACAUGCAUCAUGACACUCAACAGCAGGGGUAGGCAAUCUAAGGCCUGGGGGCCGGAUGUGGCCCAAUUGCCUUCUCAAUCCGGCCUGUGGAUGGUCCGGGAAUCAGUGCGCUUUUACAUGAGUAGAAUGUGUCCUUUUAUUUAAAAUGCAUCUCUGGGUUAUUUGUGGGGCAUAGGAAUUUGUUCAUAUUUUUUUCAAAAUAUUGUCCGGCCCACCACAUGGUCUGAGGGACGGUGGACCGGCCCAGGGCUGAAAAAGGUUGCUGACCCCUGCUCUACAUGAACAAAGGUGACCGGCAUGACUGUAACAACAUGGAAUCUUGUUGCUGAGUACUGUGGGAAAUGUCUUUGCUCACAUAGUUCUCAACAGAUUACAGUUACUUGCUCACUGGGUCCAUCUUGAGUUACAAUGCGGCUUUAGAGCUUAGAGGUCGACAGUCAACGUGAUUUUUUCACUGUGCUGGCUGCAGGAGAAAUGAGACACCCUUGUAUAUUGCCUUAAUAGACCUGAUGAAGGCCUUUGACAUUGUCAGCUGGAAAGGAGGUCACACUGCUCAACUAGAUAAUCUCCACAAUCUGAUCAUGUUCUUGCACAAGAAUAUCCAGUAUGACAGUUCAUUCUCAGACACCUUCUCCCUGUUGCUGUCCUAUGCCUUCAGUGCAUCUGAAGAUGGUGUGUAACUGGGGUCUGUUCAACCUGGCAUGUCUCCAUGCCAAGACAAAAGUGUGCUGGGUCUGAGAAAUGCUGUUUGCAGAUAACUCAGUCUUGACAGUACACUCAAAGGAAGCUCUGCAGAAACUCAUCAACUCUUUUGCUCAAGUCUGCAGGGAGUUCAGCUUACCAUCAGCCUGACAAAGACCAACAUCUUUGGUCAGGAUAUCGCUGGCACUCCAUGCAUUGGUGCCCACACACUUGAAGUGGUGGACAAUUUUUUCUGCCUGGGUUCAACCAUAGCCAGCAAUGACGCUGAGCUGGACAAGCCUAUUGGUAAGGCAGCUAUGACAAUGGCUCACCUAUCCAAAAGGGUUUGGGGGAAUGUGGUGCCAUUUAUGCCAAUCCAUAUCAAAGGUCUACCAGGCUUGUAUGUUGAGUACGCUGCCUUAUGAAAGUGAGUUGUGGGCAACUUACACUCCCCAGGAGAGAUGCCUCAAUUCCUCCCACAUGAGCUGUGUCAGGAGGAUUUCAGGCAUCACAUGGCAGAAGAGUGUUGAACAAAGAUGUGCUCUUCCAAGUCCACAUUCCCAGCUGGCAACAUCAACCCUGCUGUGUGCGAAUCCCUUGCAGACGACUGGACUGCAGUGCCUGGAGACAGUCUGGUCAUGCAUCCAUAGCAGUAAUCAGAGGAGGAAUGAACACUGGGAGGAGCACAGAGAAAAGAAACACAGAGGUGCAUCUGCAGCAGCACAACCGGAUGCCUUCAUCUGCACCCACUGCAGUAAACCAUGUCUCUACAGCCACAGCAGACACUGUGACUCUCCAACAGUUUGACUUCACUCCCCAGGGAACACUCCUGGAUGCCUACCACUUUAUGACACUCUUUAUUUAUGCUGAUAUUUUAAUUAUUGCUAAAGUGCUUUUGUGAAAGGAAAGUGUGGUACUAUGGCACCAUAAUGCCCUUACAAUAGACAGUCCCAUAACUUGCAACAUGACAUACCAUCUUCUCCUCACCUGAGCACAACCAUUUUGUUUCUGGUGGGUCCCAAUGACAAACCAAAGAUUCCUCUUUCCACAUGCUGAGGGUGUUAUGUAUGCAUGCAAUGCAGGCCUAGGCCUUCCGGCCUCCUGGAGCUCAGGAGCUUCAUCUGCAUAACAAAAGAGGGAGAGGAUUCUAAAACCCUCCAAUGACAUUGUUAGUAGCUGGCAGGCUGCUGCUGAGAUGGAGCCAGUGUGCAGCAUUAAGGCGACCUAUCACAGGUGGUGUUUGUGUUUUGCCAAGUGCCCCUUUUGUCAUUCUUGUUCUUGUUCCUGAUGUUCCAAUAAAUCCUUUUUGAGCUGAAUCUUGGUCUUGGGUCAUGCCUGAACCCACCUACACCUCAGAGGGAAUAACUGAAUUUCAAUAACCAUAUUUGAAGAAGCUAUUAUUUCAGUAAAUGAGACAAAUUACCUCAAGGUCUGUAAUCAGAGUGUACAUGUUCAUCUGAUUUAAAACAACAAUGUAGAGGUCUUGCACAAGAGCACUUUAUCAUAAUCUCAGUAUUUCAUUGUUGCUGUGGGGUUUUUUUGGCCAGGGAAAUGUGUGGUUGUCACAGCAGUUAUAGAAACCUCCAGGGUCACCCACACUCAUCAAAUCAAAGACCAGAUUGAUAUAGCUAAGUAUCCCUCUUUCACAAGACCAUUAAAAAUAAUUUUAAAAAUGGAAAUGGAUAUUGCCCUACCACCAAAAGCACAAGUUGUUGUUGCUGCUGCUAAAUAACAUAUUGUUGCUACCCUAGUUUCUGAAACCAUGGUCCCAGACCUCCCCUAUUCAUAAACAAACUCUGCCCUUUUGACUCACAAGUGAAAAUAACUACAGUAUUGGGGUAGGUUUUUCCCAAAUAUUUCCUUCUGUACAGAAAAUAUUUGGGAUCAUUAAGAGUCAAGAUCAGGAUUGCUCCCCUGUACUAUUUCAGUCAUGCGGUUUAUGUACUUAUGGGUCUGUUUGCCUUGUGCACUUCUGAACAUUUCUUUUAUUUAUGACACCUUAGAAUUCUUACAAGCACCUUUCUUCUAACAGCAUGGAGCCUCAGUACCUGCUGGUGGUGGUGCUGAGUCUGGCCAGGCCAGGCCUGUCAGGUGUCGAACCACUGACGGGGCCGAAGUGCACCUACACCUUCAUCUUGCCGCAGCAGAAGUUCACGGGGGCCGUGUGCUGGAGCAGCGUGCGCCUUCCCCCGGAGCCUCCGGGCCUCAAUCGCUCUGAGGUGGCCGCGCUGCGUGAUCAGCUGCACCAUCAGCAGGCCCAGAUGGAGGAGCUGCGCCGACUAGUGGAGGUGGACGGGGCAGUGGUGAGUGAAGUCAAGGCCCUGCGCAAGGAAAGCCGCAACAUCAAUGCUCGCGUCACCCAGCUGUACACUCAGCUGCUUCAUGAGAUCCUCCAGCGACGAGAGCGGCCAGUGCAGACCUCACAGCUUGAAGGGAGGGUGGCCAACGCCUCUGCCGAGGCCUUGCGCGUGGCGGCCAGUUAUCGCCAGCUGGAAGGGAAGUACCAUGCCCUGGCUGCCCUGGUCAACAACCAGAGUGCCCUCAUCAGCCAACUGGAGAGAGACUGCCAGCAAGGAGCCAGUGGCCGGGGGAGCCCACAGGUACUGCUCAAACUGAACUGGGAGACAGAAAUGGGAGAAAUUAAAAGGGUCGCUAGAGCCAAUCAUCCAGUGCUAUUUGGCCUGCUGUGCCUGAAAACAUAAAUAAGGAAGGGCUAGGGCAGACUUCAGCGAUGGUGGAGUCCUGAUACCUGGUGCUGAUGCUGACCCUGGGAAAAGGGAAGGGAUGUGACAACAGCAAUGCCAGGAAGACAGGAGCUGAUGUUUUCUAAACCAUAGCUAGGCCCCAAGCUACACUCUCCCUCCGGAAUGCUGUGUCCUCUAAUCCCAGGUGUACAUGAUCUAGUACUUUUGCUGAGUGUACCGCUUCAAAUUGUAUGUUCAAACUCACAUGGCAGAAUGCUGCUGUAGCCAUAAUAAUAAUAAUAAUAAUAAUAAUAAUAAUAAAUAACAAAUCAAUGUACAAAACAAGCAUGUUAGGGAAAAGAUUUCCAGCAUAGCUUCUUCCCAUACAUGCUAAUUUUCCAUGUUUGUUUUUGAAUGGAGGAGUAUUCCGGCAUGUGAGCCCCAUCUGCAGCCUGAAGGCAAAGAGCGCUAAGCAACCUUUGACUCUCCAGUUGUUGCUGGACUCCAACUCCCAUGAACCUCAGAAUGGCCAGUGGUCAUGGGAGUUAUAGUCCAACACCUGCAGUACUACAAGUUCCCAUCCCUAAUUUACUGAAAAAUGGAAGUAUUUGAUUGAUGCUCAGAGCCAAUCUCUUUUUGCCCCAUGACUGCUCCCUGUUCAAAAAGGUUUCUGAGCUGAGCCCUGGGUCAAAUUAAACCCUGCAUAGAAAAGCACUAUGGUGAUCCUCCCACACAACCUGAUUUUUCAGCAAAUGGUUCUUUCUAUGUCUGCAAAUGGUUGCUCCAUUUCUACAUGUCCAGCAACUGUUGACAGCACAAGAGCCCGGAUAGAAAAAGGACGUUAAUCCUUUUUACUAAUUCCCUCUUUACAAUCUUUUCCAACGUGGGCAAUGACCACUGGGAGAACCCUUUUUGUGUCGCUGCUAUUUGCCCAUCUCCCCCUUCGCUUGCCCACGACCACUUCAGUCUAUGGAAUCUUCAUUCUGCCCUUACAAGGAAUCCGUCUUUUAACGUGGCAGCAUUGCUCCUGCUGCAAAACUCCCUGCCUGUUAACAACAAGCAGGCACCCCCACUGCAAUGCUUCUGAUUGCCUGAUAGAAAUGCCUUUCCUUUUGGUAGGCCUACCAACACUUCUAUUAUGUACUUUUAUUGUGUAUGUUUUUAAAAAUUCUUUAGAUUUCGUCUGUAUUUUUAUAAUUUUGUUAUAUCUACUUGUUUUUAAAGUUUGCUGAUUUCAUCAGCAUUUUUGAUAAAUAUUUUAGUUAACCUCAGCUGUCAAAAUUUUCUUGAUUAAAAAUAGGAUUAAGUGGUCUAUAAAUGUUGUUGAUUUUAAAAAAUGGCUCCAGUGGAGUUAGGACAAAAACAGUCGGUCCUAGUCUAGCUUUUGGGUUUCCUGGAAGCAUAUUUAUCACACUUAGAAUCAUAGAAUCAUAGAGUUGGAAGAGACCACAAGGGCCAUCGAGUCCAACCCCCUGCCAAGCAGGAAACACCAUCAGAGCACUCCUGACAUAUGGUUGUCAAGCCUCUGCUUAAAGACCUCCAAAGAAGGAGACUCCACCACACUCCUUGGCAGCAAAUUCCACUGUCGAACAGCUCUUACUGUCAGGAAGUUCUUCCUAAUGUUUAGGUGGAAUCUUCUUUCUUGUAGUUUGGAUCCAUUGCUCCGUGUCCGCUUCUCUGGAGCAGCAGAAAACAACCUUUCUCCCUCCUCUAUGUGACAUCCUUUUGAUAUAUUUGAACAUGGCUAUCAUAUCACCCCUUAACCUCCUCUUCUCCAGGCUAAACAUGCCCAGCUCCCUUAGCCGUUCCUCAUAAGGCAUCGUUUCCAGGCCUUUGACCAUUUUGGUUGCCCUCCUCUGGACCCGUUCCAGUUUGUCAGUGUCCUUCUUGAACUGUGGUGCCCAGAACUGGACACAGUACUCCAGGUGAGGUCUGACCAGAGCAGAAUACAGUGGCACUAUUACUUCCCUUGAUCUAGAACUGCCACCUUAUUUUCUGGUUGUGCUCCUGUGCCUUUAAGAGCCACUUGAACGUGCUCUAAAUCCCCUGCUGCCCUUGAACUCAGUGAUGCUGCACUCGAACUAUACUCUUUUAGUUCUCCUAUGUUUUUAGGGUGAGUUAUUUCUCCUUUCUCUCCACAGCCCCCCCUGGUGCCAGUGGUGCCUCACAACCCUGCAAGCAUCGCCAAUGAGAGCAGGGUCCUUUUUGAUGCCGUCAAUGACAUCCAGAGAGACCGGCCACACAAGGCGGCAGUGCCACAGGGCGGCACUCUUCAGCCACCUGCUGUCGUGCCCACCAAAUCCACAGGUCAGAAAGAGAGAUCAAGUCUAUUAGGAAGCAGCAGCGCAGAGGCUGUGCAGGGCAAAUGCCAACAGCACCAGCCUCUGCCAACAUGAAGCCUAGUUCACACAAAGAACCAAUGAGAUGGUAAAACCACUCCUGUGGAUAGUGGAUUAACGUUCCUCUCUAUAAGAGCUCCCUGCACAGAGAACCCAACAUGUCAGGCAGACACGUUUUUGCCAGCUUUCUUUCUAUUAUGCUACUUUUGUACCUGCGGGGGCUAUAGCUCUAAUGUCUCCCCAAAACUCAAAUGGCAAGUGCUUCUGUUUAUCUGACCCCCAAAUAUCUUUGGAGUGUUAGCAUCCCAAAUUUUGCUGGCAUUACCUUUUUAAAACAGGCAAGUGACUACCAGCUACCACUGUGAUUAUUCCAUUGCUGUCUGCUGUCCCUGAUAAAACAUUUAACUGAUCAUCCUGGGCUCUUAGCAAACCAUCAACCUAACAAUUACUCAGUUGAUGGUUAUUCGGAUGGUCUAACAUCUGAAACAAAUCCAAAGUACCUAUUUUCCUUUGGGAAAUGUGACAAGCUAUACACUCCAUGAUAGGGUAGCCUGUGAAUGGUAUCUCAUUUCUCCGCUUUCCUCCCAUUUAUGUCAUGGGGACCUCCUGCUCCUUCCCUGAGGCAUCCGCAGCCAAGAGCCAAGAAGGACUGGUGUGGCAUACACAAGCAAAACCACCGCCUUCUUAAUUUUGGAUCCUGCAGUCCCCUGGCCUAGUACUGACAUUUGAGUGAACUUCAAAGAGCAAUUGCUAGUGGAGGGCCACUGAUUUAUUGUCAUAAAUUUGCAUACUUAAGGAAUGAUCGCUGGGUGUGGAGCACAUUUCCGCCCGGAGUCAAACCACAGUUGUCUGAACAUCAUGCCCUCUAUCUAAUCUUUUGCUCUCUUAGCAGUCUGCCAUGCCCUGUCUGUGACCUUUGUCUCUUUUGAUUAAACAUUGUGCAAGGGGAAAGUGGCGCGGUGGAAACAGGUGCCAGAAUUACCUGUACCACCCUUCUAUCUCAGGACUGGAAGUUGUGUAAAGGUCACAGUCCAAAAUGUAUCUGUCUGGUUUUGCAUAUUGUGCCAAUAAAAGGAGCUUCGGCAGAGCUAGCUGGCAGCUUGCCUGUGCACAGGUCACCUGCAUCCAGCCUCUUGUCAUCAUCCGUUAUUCCUACACAUACCAUUAGCUACUGCAAGCCAGAUAGAUAGAGGCAGUUGUAUCUCUUACUGGUGGGCAAAAACAAAAGGUAUGUAUAUCACAGUAUGCCUGCCCCUAGGUCUGACCUUUCUAUGGCCUGUGGCUGACUAAUGCUGGAGGCACAAAUCUGUUGGGACUUGUGGUGUGCCUUUAAAUAACUGGGACCUGCAUAGGAGCCCUGCAAUGCUCUCAUGUACACUUACUAAAUGAAGCGCCUGAGAUUCUACUAAUAUAUAUUCUACUAAUAUAUAAUAAUAUACCUCAGGUAAGCUCAUGAAGAAAGCUUUUAUUUUCCCACUGGUGUUUGGAAGACCCCUGAGGCAUUUGCCUGAUGAAGAAUUCUAUGAAACUCAAAAGCUUGCACAGCCCUUCACCAACCCAAAUUUGGCCAAUAAAAUGUGCAUUUCCCCUGCUUUGUUUCUCUUAUCCUUUAUGAAAUGUUUUAUGUUACAAUAAACAUGUGAGGUAGAUUAGCUCUGACAGAAAGUGCUUCUAAAUAGGAGCUCAGUGUUGUGAUAUCACAAAUGGAUUUCUGGCAAUAGGUUUUUCCUUUUCCUUUUUACAUAUGGGGUGGCAUUUUUAUGCCAACACUGUUGUGUGGACACUGGAAAAAAAACUUGCAUGCAUGAGACGCACAGAUCCCAUCUGGAAAUACCCAAAAAGGCCAUCCAAGUGAGACAGGGCAUCACCCUAUCUGUGCUACACAACUCAAUGAUAACCUCCAAACUAGUCCCUGUAAUUAGCUGCCCCUACUUUGUUCAUCACGGGUGAACAUGCAGGUGGUGCUGUGGUCUAAACCACUGAGCCUAGGGCUUGCCGAUCAGAAGGACGGCGGUUCGAAUCCCUGCAAUGGGAUGAGCUCCCGUUGCUCGGUCCCUGCUCCUGCCAACCUAGUAGUUCAAAAGCACAUCAAAGUGCAAGUAAAUAAAUAGGUGCCGCUCCGGCGGGAAGGUAAAUGGCGUUUCUGUGCACUGCCCUGGUUCGCCAGAAGCAGCUUAGUCAUGCUGGCCACAUGACCUGGAAGCUGUACGCCGGCUCCCUUGGCCAAUAAAGCGAGAUGAGCGCCGCAACCCCCGAGUCAUUUGCGACUGGACCUAAUGGUCAGCGGUCCCUUUACCUUUACCUUGUUCAUCACACAGUGUUAUUCGGCCCCUGUUCAUUAGUUUUUCUCUUCCUGGCACAGGGCCAUGGCGUGACUGUCAAGCAGCUCAGCAGAAUGGGCAGACCAGCGGCAUCACCAUGCUACAACCAACUGGUGCCCGGGGAAUCAUCCAGACCUGGUGUGACCAGGAGUAUGAUGGGGGUGGUUGGACCGUCAUCCAGCGGCGGCAGGAUGGAUCGGUCAACUUCUUUAUCACCUGGCAGCACUACAAGGUGUGUUGAGGAUGUGGCUCCAGGUGCCACAUGAAAGGGAGAGCAAGGAGAUGAAGGGGUCCAAGCUUGUGAGGAAAGCUGGGCAGGGGGAAAAGGUGGACCUAUGGGAUGCAGAGGGUCACUUGGGGUUAGAGUCAGAGAUCUGGAGGCUCAUGGUGGAUCUGGGACUUAUAGGCUGAAAUCAGAGUCACAGGUGAUAGGUGAUACCAGAGGCCAGGUUCAGAUAUACAGUGGUGCCCCGCAAGACGAAUGCCUCGCAAGACGAAAAACUUGCUAGACGAAAGGGUUUUGCGUUUUUUGAGUCGUUCCGCAAGACGAAUUUCCCUAUGGGCUUGUUUCGCAAGAUGAAACGUUCCGCAAGACGAAUUUCCCUAUGGGCUUGCUUCGCAAGAUGAAACGUCUUGCGAGUUCUUGCGAGUUUGUUUCCUUUUUCUUAAAGCCGCUAAGCCGUUAAUAGCCGCUAAGCCGCUAAUAGCCGCUAAGCCGCUAAUAGCCGUGCUUUGCAAGACGAAAAAACCGCAAGACGAAGAGACUCGCGGAACGGAUUAAUUUCGUCUUGCGAGGCACCACUGUACUGCUCUUUCAUGGGUAUUCAGCCUUCAGUUUAGUUGCCCCGUUGAAUUUGUAGGAAAUACUUGGGGAUAGGAAUUCCUGAUAUGCAAAAGGUUUGCAGCAGCACACCUAUGAAUCUGGUCUUGACACAAAGCAAGGGUUACUCUGCCACCUGCUGUGCUAUGCCCACUCAGUCAGAUGGAGGCAAAAACACAUUAAGUAAUGGACUGAAAACAUGAGCUAAGGCCCAAAUAGAUGUGAUAAUGAGGGCAGCCAUGUUUGUUCAGUCACAUGGCAAUCCCAUUCUUGCAGUGUGUGUGUGUCUAGUCUUAAGAUAAAAAUAUGUGAUCUUUCGGGGACCUGCUGGCAAAGUGGACCAUAGAAUGCUCUUAUCAGGAGACCUCUGUAUUAAGGGAUGAAAGCUUCCUAGAUUUUUCUCAGGUUUCCUUCUCUCUUUUUCCAUUACUCCAGAGGUAUGGGUUGAAUCUGGCUCCAACAUGGAGCCUCAGUUGUCUCCUGGUCUCCAGUAGCAGAGUCAGAGCCCUGCACGGGAUCUCGUUCCUUAGCGGGAGACUCUGCAGCCUCUGACUCUCAUGUCUUGCUGCUGGACUCGGGUCAUCACCACACAUGGUAGCUGACUUUGGGCAUUGAGCUAGCAUGGUGUAUGUGUGCUUUGCUGAUUUCCUGCUGCAAAAGGAUCCCACAUAUCUCUGCAAGAGAGCUAAGUGUUCCACAGGCCCCAAAGUGGCCUGGGAAGGAAGUAGGAGUAUUAGCUCACUCUUCUACCCUAUGGCUAGCACCAACUGUUCCCCUACAGCCAGGGCCCACCUGCUAACAUCUUACUUGCUGUGUUUCCCCCUGCCCUGCUCCACCUUCAGAAUGGUUUUGGGAACUUGGAAGGAGAACACUGGCUGGGUCUCGAGUUCAUUCACUGGCUGACUCGCCAGGGCUCAUACGUGCUGAGGGUUACCAUGGAAGACUGGAGUGGGCGACAGGCAUACGCAGAAUACAGCACCUUUGCCCUAGAACCUGAGAAUGAUUUCUACCGGUUGCAGCUGGGGCGCUAUCAAGGCAACGCUGGUGAUUCCCUCUCCUGGCAUAAUGGCCGACAGUUCAGCACCCUCGACCGUGACCAUGAUGCUUACUCAGGUAAGGAUGGAGAAGGGAGAUGGCUAAAAGAGGACACCAAGAGCUGGGGAGGAAGGUGUUGUUUGUUCCUUAUCUUUUUAUCACUUUUAUCCUGUUUUAUCAUCGAUCUGGACUGAUUGGAAGGGUGCCUGCCUGCCCUGCUGCAACCUCCUCAUGUCACCCUCCGUGCCCCGACUCCCAGAUGUGCCCGCCUGGGCACUCAGCCGCUGUGUCUGAAAGUAUAGAGAAGAGGUAGACAAAAAAUAUAGUAUCCAAGCAAAGCGGUUGUGGAAGCAAAUCAUUAUUCCUAUAGUAGCUAUUAGACCUGUUUCUCUUGUAUCAGAUUCCGAGAGCACGAUAUUCUGCACUCCAAGGAGCUUUACCUCACAGCUCACAGCUCCAAACUCUGUCUCAUUCGCCCACAGUAUUCAGAACUGCAAAACUGGCUCUAAACUGUUUCUCUUCUUUUUUUUUUAAAAGAUAUUUAUUAAGAUUUUCAAAAUAUUGCAAAAGAAAAAAAGAAAAAAGAAAAAUACAAAAUAAAAAUAGUUAAAAACAAUUCAAUCUUUCCAUUACUUAUCUUUCAUUUGCUUAUUUCCCGGACCUCCUCAUACCUCCCUUUUUUGUAUUCCAAUUCAGUUUGUUAGUUCAGCAAAUCCCUCCCCUCUUUGUUUAUCCUAGUCUUUAAUCUUAAAAUAUUGUAACAUUAGAUUUUUACCUAUUAAUAAUCCAUUUUUUCAUAUUCCCUUAUAACAUUACAGCUAAAAACCACUUAGUUUCUAUCCAACGUCAUUCUAACAUUCAUUAAUUUUGCAAUAUUUCUGUAAACAGUCUUUAAACUUUUUCCAAUCUUCUUCCACCGACUCUUCUCCCUGGUCUCGGAUUCUGCCAGUCAUUUCCGCAAAUUCCAUAUAGUCCAUCACCUUCAUCUGCCAUUCUUCCAGGGUGGGUAGAUCUUGUGUCUUCCAGUACUUUGCAAUAAGUAUUCUUGCUGCUGUUGUGGCAUACAUAAAGAAAGUUCUGUCCUUCUUUGACACCGAUUGGCCGACUAUGCCCAGGAGAAAGGCCUCUGGUUUCUUCAGGAAGGUAUAUUUAAAUACCUUUUUCAAUUCAUUAUAGAUCAUCUCCCAGAAAGCCUUAAUCCUUGGGCACGUCCACCAAAGGUGAAAGAAUGUACCUUCAGUUUCUUUACAUUUCCAACAUUUAUUAUCGGGCAAAUGAUAGAUUUUUGUAAGCUUGACUGGUGUCAUGUACCACCUGUAUAUCAUUUUCAUAAUAUUCUCUCUUAAGGCAUUGCAUGCCGUAAACUUCAUACCUGUGGUCCAUAACUGUUCCCAGUCAGCCAUCAUUAUGUUAUGUCCAACGUCUUGUGCCCAUUUAAUCAUAGCAGAUUUCACCGUUUCAUCCUGAGUAUUCCAUUUCAACAGCAAGUUAUACAUCUUUGAUAAAGUCUUAGUUUUGGGUUCUAACAGUUCUGUUUCUAAUUUUGAUUUUUCCACCUGGAAGCCAAUUUUCUUGUCCGAAUUAUAUGCCUCCAUUAUCUGAUAAUAAUGAAGCCAAUUUCGCACUUUAUUUUUUAGUUUCUCAAAACGAUUUCCUUGAUUUUUCUUGCCCCUCUAAAGCUGUCUCCAUAACCUGUGGCCCUCCAGAUAAUGAUCAACUCCUGUCAUCCUAAAUUGGCAUCGUCAGGGAUGAGGGAAAUUGUAGUCCAGAAACACAGGGCCAAAGCGUUCCCCAAGCCUGCCGUACUCCACUGUUUAUGCUCCACAAGAAAUAGGAGGAGACACAUAUUGCAAGGUUCCUGUGGGGUUGCCUUGUUUUCCCCCUGUGGCAAUGCUUUUAAUCAUAGACAGACAGACAGACAGCAGAGGUGGAAUUAGGGAGGCCACUGGUGGAGGAAUGCAGGGGCAGGCGGGGGGAGCGCACUGCCCCCGGCCCCAUUGGGGAGGGGGUACCAUCACUGCCGCCCCCCGGACACGCGGCACGCACCCCCACCGCGCCAGGCGCCAUGCCCCUGCGGGCAGCGCGCCACAACCCCAGAAUGCAUGCAGGCCCCACAGGCGACAUGCCAUGUCCCUGGGCACGUGUCAUGCCCCCGGGACAUGCGCCAGCCGUGCCCACGCCUGCUCUCUGCCCCCAGUGCCGGAGCAUUCAGCUUCGCCACUGAGGGAGGCACGACUGGUUCUGUCACACUGUGCACUAAGCCUAGAGGGGCCACAUGGCACCACAACUAUGACUUAGUGAAUUAGCACCAUGGAGAGUGAGAGGCAGGGAGGCACUGAAUUUUGGCCUUGCAGCUGAAAUUUUAAAGACCAGAUUCCACCCCUUCAAGUGCCUACUUGGUAUACCUAGGGUAGCUAGGAAUUUAGGAACUGACGUUUCUUGUAGUAUUGAAAAAGUAGUGGGAGAAAAUUAACAUGCUAAAUUUCUCUGGAACUGGAUGCAGUUACAGAAACAGGAGCAGAGCCCAGCAACCCUUGGCUAUUGAAGUGAACCAUCUAAGAGUACAAAGCAGAGAAAGGCAACCUGUGGCCCUCCAGAUGUUGUGGGGACUUGAACUCCCAUCAUCCCUUACCAUUGGCUGUGUUGACUGGGCCUGGUGGGAACUGGGAAUCCAGCAACAUUUAGAGGGCCACAGGCUCCCCUUCUCAAAUAUUGUAUAAAUAUGUUUUGCAUAUUACUAGUCCUAUGUCUGUUACAGUUAUUAUUUCACAACUGCACCUGAGGAUGCUUUAAUAAGGCUGAAACAGCCCAUUAGCAGAUGUGUGUGUCAGUGUUAUUCAUAAUACCCUGCCAAUAAUACAGUAAUUUUAAAGUCUGGAAAAUCAAAGGCAUAUUACUAGCACUGGGAGCUUUCUAGGAGACCCUGUGGUUAACUUUUCAAAACUGCCAUCCCUAGAACAUUUUAAGUGCCAAAAAGGAGCAAAAAAUAGGCUUCUGGUGGAGUUGUAAAUCAACCAGUGAUAGAUUCCUCAGCUGUUUCCACUUAGAUGAAACCUAAUGAGAAUGGCUCUUUUUUUGUCCAAAUUAUAAGCCUCCCUUAUUUGAUAAUAGUGAAGCCAGUCUCGCACUUUGUCUUUUAAUUUCUCAAAACUCUGCAAUUUCAAUUUGUCUCCUUCUUGUUCCAAAAUUUCCCAAUAUUUCGGCCAUUUGGCCUCCAUAUUGAGCUUUUUCUGAGCCUUUGCUUCCAUCGGUGACAACCACCUUGGGGUUUUAUUUUCAAGUAAGUCCUUAUAUCUUAUCCAGACAUUUAACAAUGCUUUCCUAACAAUAUGGUUUUUAAAUGCUUUAUGUGCUUUAACCUUGUCAUACCACAAAUAUGCAUGCCACCCAAAAACAUUAUUAAAACCUUCUAAGUCCAAAAUGUCUGUGUUCUCAAGAAGCAGCCAUUCUUUCAACCAGCAGAAUGCUGCUGAUAAACUGUUUCUCUUCUGAUCCCACCAGCUGGAGGGUGCCACCUUCCUAGACUGAUGGAUGCUGCAUUCUAAGGCUGGAGAGAGAUUCCCAGCCAUCAAGAGAACUUUGUCUGCUUAUGCUAGCUCCUGUAUUAAGCAGACACCUGGCUAACAAAGGGCAGACCCCUUAAUAGCACUGUAUGAAAUCCAUCUAUGAAGUCCAGACCUCUCACGGAGGCACACUAAGAAGAGCCUCAGAUGAUGAUUGCAUGGUUUGAGUCAGUUCAUAUGGAGAGAUGUGGUCCUGGAAGUAUUGUGGUUCUGAGCCAUUUAAGACUUUCUAGUUCAAAAGCAGCACUUUGAAUUCGACCUGGAAACUAAUUAGCAGACAGUGCAAUCAGGACAGGAUUGGUGUAAUAUGCUCAAACCAUCUUGUCCCAGUGAGCAACCUGGUUGCCAAAUUCUGCAGGGGUGGGGAACGUGUGGCCGUCCCUCUGUUGCUGGGUGGCCUCUCUCAUCCUCCCUCUCCACUAGCCAUGCUGCCUGGAGCUGACAGAAGCUGGAAAUUCCCCAUCUCUAUUCUAACAGCAUCUGAUUUCAGGAUUUGAUUCAUGGGCACAGCUGCCCCCCCAAAAAAAAAUCAAUAGAAAUACAUAGCUGAGGUUCUGCCCUCCCCCCCCAAAAAAAUCCUGGCCAUGCCCAUGGUUUGAUGAUAAAUUAUCUAUUCCCCACCCCUCUUCUUUUCCCACAGGCAACUGUGCCCACUUCCAGAAAGGUGGUUGGUGGUACAAUAUGUGUGCCCACUCCAACCUUAAUGGUGUCUGGUACAAAGGAGGGCACUACCGAAGCCGUUAUCAGGACGGGGUCUACUGGGCAGAGUUUCGUGGCGGUGCCUACUCGCUCCGCAAGGUGGUCAUGAUGAUCCGGUCUCCACAAGGCACAUGAUUUCUGUACCUGGGAGUAAGAAAGGACGCAUACCAAGGGCAGGUCUAGAUAUUUAAAAACAGGAGUCACUGAGCUCUGAAAGCUCACUUGCCAUGUUCUCAGUCAGUCAGACGUACAGCCUCCUUCUCAAAGCAAGCUCCUUCUAGUGCCAGUGAUCUGUAGAAACUGUGGGUGCACUAUGCUAACGGGGGGGGGGGGAGGCUUGUGGCAUUCCCUGAGCAGUUGUCCAGAUUUUAAAAGAACAUUUUUCCCUUUAAAAAAUAACUGAAAAUAAUUAAUGAAGGUGCGAAAUGAUGUUUUAAAUGUACACGCAGCACCUUAAACAAUUAACAGUCAGCACCUUUAAAAAAUUUGGAAAUCAAAUUCCUAAAAUGAAGGGGAUGUUCAGCAAAAUUGAAGAGAGAAUUAGCAUAUGGGAGGAGGUGUUUGUUCUUUUCAGUGGGUGCUUCUAGGUGGGGCCUCCUUACACCUACAAGUUUUUCACAGUGUCCACAUAAGUGGCAUCAAAAUGCUAGCCUGAACUUUCCACCUCAUUAAAUUUGGAUUUGUCAAUUUUGGAGGAAAUCCAGUGAAGUUAAAAACAAACAAAUACUGUAAACAAAACAGCUUGUUGCCAGAAACCUUUGGUACCUGAAUGGCCUGCAAGUACUCGUCUAGAAACACAGGUUACUGACGACACAUGUUUUAAAUCUGCAGCUUUAUACUUACGUACCUGGGAGUAAGCCACACAUGAGUCAAUGAGUGGAGGUGUAUAGGACUGCAUCAUCUUCACUCUCUACAAUCCAGGUGUAACAACCCAGUUUGUUGUGACAUGUGAAGCCUUGGGGGUUGCAUUCUCCCCAUCACAUGCCAAAAAAGGAAAUAAAAAACUUCAGUUCCCCUAAUUAGAAGCAGAGUUUGUUGCUGUGUGCAAACUUUGCAAAUUACAGUGUGUUCAAACUAUGGUUUCUUAACUAUCCAGGAUUCUGUGGUUUGUUACAUGCUGCUGUAUACUCCUCCCUCCCCACAUUGUGGAACUGGUUACUCUUGCAGAGGCUGAAACACCCGUGGCAGAAAACAACACUGCAGCGAUUUAAGGAUCGCCACUUUCAUAAUCCUAACAGAAGCGUCCUUAGCACUGCUGUAGCAGACUCUGGGCUCAUCCAGACUUCUGUGCCGUGUUUCUUGGCACAAGUGUGUACUUUAAAGCUCUGUGUCCAAGCACUUUUUCGUUUUUGGUUGCCCUAAUGCUUUCCCUGCAAAAACCCACGCUCUGCUGCAGAGUCUGUGCAAACGGAAAUCACCAAAAAACCCAAAUUGCCAUUUGUUCUGAUUCAGCGUUAAAAAACGGACAUUUGUAUACAGUGGUACCUCUGGUUAAGAACUUAAUUUGUUCUGGAGGUCCGUUCUUAGCCUGAAACUGUUCUUAACCUGAAGCACCACUUUAACUAAUGGGGCCUCCUGCUGCCGCUGCGCCACUGCUACGUGAUUUCUGUUCUCAUCCUGAAGCAAAGUUCUUAACCCAAGGUACUAUUUCUGGGUUAGCGGACUCUAUAACCUGAAGCGUAUGUAACCUGAGGUACCACUAUAUGCCCAAUUGCUAUGUGAAGGUGGCAGAGCGAGAAAGUGAGGAGCUGGGCCUGAUGGUAAAGUCCUGGCAAGAGGCUCCCCAUUCAUGCUAUAAACUCUAGAGUUAACACAGUUCCUGGUGAUCUAUUCUGAUUGGAAAAGGCUUAAGGAAAGGGCCUCCGCAUCCUUUUUUCAGAGAUGGAAACCUGAGGCACAGUAGAGCUAGCGGUGAAAGAAAGCCAUGAUUUCCACUCCAAUCUGGAUUUGACACAACCAGCACUGUUUCUGUUCCACUACAGUUCUGUUUCUGCCAAAUAUUAUGUUAUUUAUCUUACUGUCCAUUAUUCAGCUUAAGGUGCAUAACUUGUGUAACUGACAACUGUUUAUGUAAGCUACAUAACUUACAUUCAUUUCAAUGUAAAGGAAACAGCAAAACAUAACAAUAAUUAGGCAUUAAUUAGAACUCACACUAUAUUAUACAAUAUAGACGCGGGUGGUGCUGUGGGUAAAACCUCAGCGCCUAGGACUUGCCGAUCGUCAGGUCGGCGGUUCGAAUCCCCGCGACGGGGUGCGCUCCCGCUGCUCGGUCCCAGCGCCUGCCAACCUAGCAGUUCGAAAGCACCCCCAGGUGCAAGUAGAUAAAUAGGGACCGCUUACUAGUGGGAAGGUAAACAGCGUUUCCGUGUGCUGCGCUGGCUCGCCAGAUGCAGCUUGUCACGCUGACCACGUGACCCGGAAGUGUCUUCGGACAGUGCUGGCCCCUGGCCUCUUAAGCGAGAUGGGCGCGCAACCCCAGAGUCGGACACGACUGGCCCGUACGGGCAGAGGUACCUUUACCCUUACCUUUUUCAUAUUAUACAAAUCCCAUAAAUGAAGCCAAAUGUAUUUAUUUUGCAUAAACCUAUUUUGUUGACUUAAAUUUAAAAUUCUCUGGCAAGGAAGUCCACAAUCUGCCCUAAAAAUAAAGUAUGCAAGUCUAUUAGUUCUUUCAGAUUGGUUGAGUAUACUUUUUUUGACUACUAGCAGAGUUCUUCCAGAUUGUGAAUGUCCUUUGACAAGGCACACAAACCCAGCCUCCUGGACACAGUGGAACCUUGGAAGCCGAACGCCUUGAAACUCGAACGUUCAGGCCCUCGAACGAUUGAAAACCGGAAGUGAAUGUUCCGGUUUUCGAAGAUUUUUGGAAGCCGAAUGUCUGGCACGACUUCCAAUUGAGUUCAGUAACCUGCUUUUAUCCAUCCAUCCAUCCAUCCAUCCAUCCUGCAAACUCCCAAACACGCUGGCAGAUUCUUUGUUGGCGUCUCCGCCCACGCUUGAUCUCCUUGUCCAAUCUCCCAGCCUGAUUCCCCUCCACCCCCAGCCAGAUCUUCACAGCCUCCUGCCCAUCCAAGGCCCUGGGACCGUGGAUCGAUGUAUGGAUUCCCUCCUCUCUUGAAAAUGUUUGCGUACUUUCUCCUCUUCCUCACCCUCGUUUUUUUGCUUCCCCCUCCCCCUUGCACAGAAUGAGACUCUUUCACCAAAGCCUUUUCUUACCAGACAAAGGGGUCGUUUUAUUCUGCAGGAGGUUUAAGGGUUUGUGUUGCUUUGUUUUCCGUGUAUAUUUUGCCUUUCGUUGAUGUUAAAUUUAAUGUAGAGCUUGCUGUUUAGUAUAAAGCAUACCAUAGAUCCUUCAGAAGACUAAGGCUGCCUUUUCAAGGCGUUUGAAUGAUUCUUGUGGUGUAUUUUUUUAAAUACAACAACAGCAACCCCGCUUUGCAAUGCUGCUUCCUUUAUCGGUGUGUUGUAUCCCUACAUGAAAAACAAGAAUUUAAGACUCCAAACAACCUGAGACUUUAGUUCUUCUGAAUGCAGUUAUUCCAUAAUUGCUGUGAAGUGGUCUCAUUGUCUCCUUACAGAGUGCUACGCUGAGGUCUGUCUGUUUUUGGUACUUACUUUGCGUUUUUGUGGCUUUUUGUUUUGUUUUUCUGACUGUGUGGAACCCAGUUCAGCUACUGAUUGUGUGACUGCAGUACAUUGUUUAUUGCUUUCAUUUGAUGGAUCAGUGGUCUCAUUAUAUAGUAAAAUUCACAUUAAAUUGCUCUUCUAGGGGUUGUUUUUAAAA